CUAUUUUUCUCUUCCUCUAUAAAAGUAAGUAGAGAAGAGAGUCGUAUCUAUAGUCCAAAACUAAAACAUAACAAAAUGGCAAACACUAAAGAAAAGAAUGGAGAAGAUGGAACCAAGAUCCACGUAGCAAUGUUUCCAUGGUUAGCCUUUGGCCAUUUUGUUCCAUACUUGGAACUCUCAAAGCUCAUGGUUCAAAAGGGUCACACCGUAUCAUUCAUCUCCACUCCUCGUAACAUCGACCGCCUCCUGCCACGUUUGCCUGAAGAUGUCUCCUCUGCCAUUAAUUUCGUCAAGCUCCCAUUUCCCGGCCACAACAAGCUCCCGGAGGACGCCGAAGCCACCAUCGACGUACCUUUGCAUCUCGGUUCAUAUUUGAAAAUCGCUUUCGACGGCUUACAGGUUCCAUUGACGGAGUUUCUUGAAUCUUCUAAACCUGAUUGGCUUCUCCAAGAUUUCGCACCUUACUGGCUUCCUCCAAUAGCUAGCCGCCUCGGAAUAAAAAACGCGUAUUUCAGUGCUUACAACUGUGCCUGUUUCGCAAUUCAUAAACCGCCGGGGUUCGAGGAGUACCGUACAUCGCCGGAGGAUUUUCUGACAAGCCCUAAAUGGGUUCCAUUCGAAACCCCGGCUUUUUGCCAGCAAUUCGAAAGCAAGUUCAUUUUCAAUGGAUUUAUGCUUGAAUCCUCCGAAGGGGAUAUCGCCGACGUGGACCGUAUCGCCGGCGUACUCAACGGCUGUGAUAUCUUCGUCGUACGGAGCUCUAACGAGUACGAAGCAGAGUGGUUUACACUUGUACAACAACUUUAUGGUAAACCGGUUAUACCGGUGGGAGUUUUGCCUCCUAAACCGGAAGAAAAGUUUAAAGAUACCGACACAUGGUUGGCUACUAAAAAGUGGUUAGACUCCCGGGAAACCAACUCUGUGGUUUACGUAAGUUUCGGUACAGAAGCUAAACCGAGUCAAACCGAGUUAAAUGCGAUCGCUCUUGGUUUAGAGCUUUCCGGUUUACCAUUUUUUUGGGUGUUGAGGACUCAGCGCGGUCCGUGGGACACCGAGCCGCUUGAGCUUCCGGAAGGAUUUGAAGAGCGUACAGCUGAUAGAGGGAUGGUGUGGAGAGGUUGGGUUGAACAGUUGAGAACACUGAGCCACGAUUCGAUCGGUUUGGUUCUGAGUCAUUCCGGUUGGAGUACAAUAAUUGAAGCUGUACGGUUUGCUAAACCGAUGGUGAUGUUGUCUUUUGUGUACGACCAAGGGUUUAAUCUGAGAGUAGUCGAGGAAAAAAAAAUUGGGCGUAUGAUCCUUAGGGACGACACAACAGGUUCUUUUACCAAAGAAGAUGUUACGAAAUCGCUAAGAUUGGUAAUGGAUGAAGAAGAAGGUAAGGUUUAUAGAGAAAACGUCAAGGACAUGAAGAAAGUGUUUGGAGAUAUGGAACAACAAGAUCGUUAUGUCGAUUCUUUCUUGGACUAUCUCGUUGCUCAUCGUAAGCAUUGAGCUGUCUUUGAUCCUUUAAAUGGACCGAUCAAUUCGACUGGAAGAUAUUGACAUGGAAGAGUCUCUGAUCAAACGUGUUUGUUUCUGUUGUUGCUUGCAGCUUAAUCUUUUUUUUUUUUUUUCUUUUCAAAAAUUGAACUUCUUGAUCAUUGAUCGCUUAAACUAAAAGUACUUUCAUGAGAUUUCAAAAUAAAAUGUAGCAUCGAUUCUAUCUUAAUAAAAGCGUAUCCAAAAAUGUUCUUUUGUUUCCAUCAUCUUUUCAAUUUG